AUGCUUCAGGCAUUGAUGAAUCUGCUUUCCUUAUGCUUCAGGCCGUUCGGUCGGAGUGACGGCGGCGGUGGAGGAGGCGGGAAGGAAGGUUUGCUUUGGUAUAGAGAUGUUGGGAAGUAUGGGUCUGGAGAUUUCUCAAUGGCUGUUGUACAAGCGAAUCAAGUCCUCGAGGACCAGAGCCAGAUCGAGUCGGGCUCCUUUGGAACUUUCGUCGGAGUCUACGACGGCCAUGGCGGGCCCGAAGCUGCUCGCUAUGUCUGCGAUCACUUGUUCAGAAACUUUCUAGCAAUAUUGGCGGAGAGAGAAGGAGGUACUGUGACUGCAGACACCAUAUCAAGAGCAUUUAGAGCCACAGAGGAAGGGUUCACCUCGGUGGUCUCCGAGCUGUGGAGCUCUCGGCCUCAGUUAGCUACCGUCGGAGCUUGUUGUCUGGUGGGAGUGAUAUAUCAGCAGACACUUUUCAUCGCAAACCUAGGGGACUCUCGCGUUGUGUUGGGGAAGAAGGUUGGGAAUACUGGUGGAAUGGCGGCUAUUCAGUUGUCGACCGAGCAUAAUGCGAGCCUUGAGGCCAUCAGGCACGAGCUCAAGGAGUUGCACCCGAAUGAUCCGCAGAUUGUCGUGCUGAAACAUGGAGUUUGGAGAGUGAAAGGAAUCAUUCAGGUCUCCAGAUCUAUAGGAGACGUGUACAUGAAACAUGCGCGGUUUAACAGGGAACCAAUAAACUCAAAAUUUAGGCUUCCGGAACCAAUGGACAUGCCUAUCAUGAGUGCCAGUCCGACCAUCCUGGCUCAUCCUCUCCAUCCAAGCGAUUCAUUUCUUAUAUUUGCUUCUGAUGGUCUCUGGGAGCACUUGAGCAAUGAAAAAGCUGUCGAUAUCGUACACAGCCAUCCACAAGCAGGAAGCGCGAAGAGGCUAGUGAAGGCGGCACUCCAGGAAGCAGCAAGGAAACGUGAGAUGAGGUACUCGGACUUGAGGAAGAUCGACAAGAAGGUGAGGCGCCAUUUCCACGAUGACAUUACCGUCGUAGUUUUGUUCUUGAAUCAUGAUCUCAUAUCGAGAGGCAGCGUUGUACAUCCUCCAGUCUCCAUGCGUAGUGCUUUGGAGCACUGA